GUUAUACUCCCUGCUGAUCACUGUUAUGCAGUGAAGUGGCUCGUGUCACUGCGACUGCUAGCCACCCACAGGCAUCCACUGGCACCCACUACCUGGUAGCCUUGACAUUGCAAAGAGAACUGAUGUGUGUUUAUAGUGCAACUGACUCAACGUGUUCAUUGAAAAGUUGUUGCAGGGGUCGUCAAACUAGACCACUGUUGUUUCAGUGGUUCCUGGAGCUGUGUGAUCAACCAGACUGUUGCUGUCCACUCGUAGGAGGUUCGUAAUGACAGCCAGUGAGGUGGAGAUCGGAGUGUGGGUGGAGGGCACGCAGAAGUGGGUGACGGGGGUGACUCGCCGUACCACCUGUCACGACCUCAUCAAGGCUCUUCUCCGUGCCCAGAGCCCCGCCGCCCGUGCUGAAGACAGCGACGUCAUCCAGUACGUCAUUGUGGAGCGCUGGCGCAAGGUGGAGCGACCGCUGGACCACGAGCAGCGCAUCCUGAAGGUGUGGCGGACUUGGGGAGAGGCGGUGGGAGAGGUGAGGUUCUCCCUUCGCCGGGUGGGCGAUGGAGAGAGCGCAGGAACCAACAACAGCAGCGGCAGGCCAGAGCGAAGUAGGAAAAGACAGAAAUGGAAGCAUGUCCACGGCUCCAGAGAAACGCUUCACCCGAAGAAACUGACCAGAGAAGAUCCCAAAUUCAGCGAAACGAUGGAGAGACUAAUGCGGCUGGUAGUGGCUCAGGGCGAGACCAUCCAGACACAGCUGCGGCGGCUGCAGGAGAGGGAACAUCAGAUUGAGCAAUACGAGCAACAGAUGCACCUCCUUCGCGUCCAGAACCUUGGGACCGACUACCUCCUCCACUCCUACCUCAAGGAUGACCAAAGUGAAACCAAGGAUGAGAACAGUAGUGAAGAAAAGAGCAAUGAUUCUGGUGUGGUAACUGAGGAAGUGGUAGAAGCAACGCUAAGCCAGUCUCUGAAAGGUGUGGCAGCGGAAGAAGAGGCAAUGACGGCAGCAGGCUUGGAAGAAAUUCAGGAAUUUGCAUCCAUUUUGGCACGGAUGGAAGAAAUAAACACCAGAAUUUUGCAUGAGGAGGAAACUCUGGCAAGCAUGUCAACCACUGUCAAUGCUGCUUAUGAGCAACAGAAGGAUGAGGCAGAGCUCCUUCAACAAGAGCUGAUGUGUGUCUCCCAUAUCCAUGCUCAAUUAGUUGCAGAUGUGCGACAGAAUGAACAAACUCUGCGGGAGACUGAGGCUAUGCUGUGGGAGCAACGGAAGCAACUUGAACUGUUGCUCAAGGAAGACACAGAGUCUGACCUGGAGACCCGUGCAUUAAGACAGCACCUAGAUUACAUCAUACACCUCCCUCCCUCUGCCUUUCAACUCCCAGCUGAAGAAAUUCAUCCAUUACAGGUAUCCACAACUGCUGUGGCUACCACCACCCCUGCUAGAGUGCCUUCUGUAACCAACUUAAACAAUGAUACUACAGACAUUCCAUGUGUGCCUUCCAGUAAACAAAACAAAGUUAAGGUGGAGGAAAAGAAUGCUCCACCACCACUGCCUUCUUGUCCACCCCCAAUCAUAGAGGAGGAUGAAGAGGAUGACAUAGAUUCAGCCAAAAAUAGCAGCUUGUGUGUCAGCUCCCGGUCCAGUACCUCAUCUGAGGCAUCAACCAGUAGCAGUACAAGCAACAAUAAUAAAACACCAAACGAUGCAGAGCCUAACAAGUCAACCUCCACUCCUGCAUCCUCUAAAACAACCAAAGCAACAGGAAAGGACACUGACUCGACAGACUCUAAUUCAGAUACAGGGUUGAGUUCUCUUCACAGCAGUAGUGAUGAAGGUGUGUAUGUGUUGGACACUCUUGUCUGAAGAACAAACCUGAAAUAAGCAAAUUUAGGAUUAGAGGUAUCCUCUGAAACUUUAUAGGUGUUGAAUGUACAUCAUCUUGGUAAUGGAAAGUGCCAGUGGAACAUUUCUCAGCAAACAUGCUCUGACACUAACAAAGAUGUUUGUAUAGAAGCUCAGCCUUUGUGAUCUCAUUUUAGAGGUGUAGAACACAACAGCCAGUGAACCAAAUGUGUACUCAGUAAAGUCAUUAAGUGUUCAGACUUUUUGUUAAUUUAAAUUUUACAUUCAUGAUGACAGUGAGAUGAAGCUGUGUGGUACUGUAUAAUGUAUAUAUUGAAUAUGUGUGUGUGUGUGUGUGUGUGUGUGUGUGUGUGUGUGUGUGUGUGUGUGUGUGUGUGUGUGUGUGUGUGUGUCUUAUAUGGCUGGACUAGUACUGUUAUAUAUAUCAAAAAAUAUUUUCUUUACUUAUUUUGAGGUGCCUUUGGAAAAAGGGUUACCAUCAGCUCAGUGUUGAAGCUUUAUCAUUAUUUUAUUGGGAAAAAAUUUAAUGAAGGUAAAAUAGGAGU